UGUUUUGCCUUAACAAUCCAAAUUUUUGUGAAAACGGAAGUUCUGUUUCGUUUCCCCAAUCGAGAGAAGACUUUGGUGAGAGAGAUUUCUUGAACGCUUUCACCCCUCCGGAACUCUUUUUCCAAGGAAAUGAGACUUCCGUAUUUAUCCAUAGUGUUUAUAACAAAGGUCUGGAAUACUUGCCCUGUUCUUCUACAAACAUGUAUGGAUACGGUGGUAGAGAAACAGAAAAAAUUACAAGUGUUUUCAUUAGUCCUCAUUAUGAUGUUGGAGCUGAAUUUUACAUAAGCUAUGACUUACAGGAUAUUUUAAACCCAAAUUUUGCUCCAGUAACUAUUUUGGGCAUUCACUCUCCAUUUGACGCACAAUUUUCUGAGAUUGAAUUGGAGUUGGGAAAAAAGUAUGAAGUUCAAAUUAGAGUGGAGCAACAUAGAUUGCUUUCGAGCCCUUAUACAACAGAUUGCAGAGAUUAUCUCCAUGAAUUCGCAUCUAACAACUUCACCGGACCAUGGUCAAAACAGAUUUGUCUGCAACUUUGCAACAUUCAGCCAUAUUUCGAUGCAUGUGGAUGCUUUCCUUUGAAGCUGCUUAACAACGGGAAAAUGUUGCCUUUUGAUUUACUUUGCCAAACUGAUGAAGAGUACAUAUGCUCAUCUAAUGUUAGUGUGAUCACUGAGGAAAGAGACAAAUGCUACUUCAGCUGCAAAAACGACUGCGUGAAAUGGGUUUACUACGCAGAUGUCGUAGAAAGAAUGCAGACUUUCAUUGAGGAUUAUUCAAUCACUGGUGUUGUUUUACGCCUCAAAGAAUCGUCACUCACUGUUAUGUCUUACAAGCCGAAGUAUGAGCUGACUGAAAUCGUUAGCUGCAUUGGUGGAUAUCUAGCAUUUUGGCUGGGAUUUUGUACGAUCUCUCUGGCUGAUUUCCUACUUUCACUGUUUAAAACAAGUUGUAAACAAUCUAACAGACCUUAA